UUAGCGGGGCCAGUAUAAUCGAAAUUAUCUGAAAAUAAAAAACACAAAUAUUUUUAUUUUUUCUUUUGUCAAAAUCUAGCAAGGACGAAAAAAAGCAAUAACAGAGUAGAAGUGACAAAUGGCUGGUAGUGCUGGUGCGAUGAUUCAAGCCAUACCCAUCUCCAAUCUCUCUUCUUCUUCUUCUUCUUCCUUAACUACACUAGUUUUUCUCCGAAAUACCAAGCUUAUUCCAACUUGGGCUCCCUUCAACGGAGUUCGAUUAAUCAGAAAGCAGAGAACCCUGCCACGUAGGCCUAUGACAGUCUCAUUGGCUCUAGCCGAAUCAGAUUCCGCCAAGUCCUUGGAACCCGACCCCCAAUCUCUUCUUCAACAACUCGCCAAUAGUUUUGAUCUUUCCCAAGAUUAUUUUUCACAGCUUCCACGCGAUCUUCGUCUCGAUCUCAACGAUGCAGCUUUUGAUCUUUCAAAUGGACCUGUCAUUGAUGAGUGUGGUUUAGAGCUGGGAGAGACAUUAUUAAAUCUCUCUAGAGCAUGGGAAAAAGCUGAUACAUCCACUUCACAUAGUUUAGUUAGCAAGCUCCCUAAGUUGGAAGAGUCUCUAACAAAUAAUGCUAAAUCAGCCUUUGGAAAGCGUUUGGUUUCGGCUGGAAGAAGGUUCCAAUCCAUGGGGCAGUAUGGCCAAGGUGAGCUACAAAAGAUUGCAAAACUGAUGAUCACAACUGGGAAAUGUCUAUCUGAUAGUUCAAUGUCAACAGUUAUUGUCGAACAGCCAAAGAACGAAAGCAGGAUGCUAAAGUUUGGAGAACUCCAAGUGGAGUUGACAGCUAGUAAAGCGAAUAUUGGAGCUGCCAUUAGUUUAGUUUUCGGGAUUCUUUCAUGGGAAAUAGCUCAGGGCGUCCAAAACAUACCAGAGAGCUCAUUGCAGUAUGCGAAUGACAAUGCCUUGAUGUUGGCUAAGUCUCUUAGGGGAACUUUGCUUGCAGUGUUCUAUUCAUCAACGGUUUUGUCUGGCUUUACCUCUGUGGGACUUGUCUUACUAGCAAGACAACUCAACUCAAAGGAGGAGUAAAAAUCUGCAACUAUGUUACACCAUUUUUGUUUGUAGUUUCUUUGUACAAAGUAUUUGUAUGCUUCACUAACAAUAACAUGGACGACUUAUUCAGUCAACAUUGUUGUCAAAAGAGUAAUUACGUUUAAGUAAAGUAGACAAAUUUAUUUAUUCA